AUGGGCGACCCAGGUCGAGUCCGACGACCUACACUCUGGCGAGGGGCGAGGGGCGAGAGAUGGUAUGCGGGCUGGACAAGGAGCUCACGAGCUCACUCAGCAAGUGCCCCACAACUGCAAGCCAAGGCCACGAGCGCGGUCUCGUCCGGUGCACAAGAGCCCGGUACCGGUGGGCAGGAACUGGGCACGCUGGAGGAGAUGCUGGAGGAGGCGCAAUCGUGGUACGUGUUCUGCGCCAACCACAACGACUCCCAGCUCACGAAUCAGCUCGAGGACCAGAGCUCGUAUAUCGGUCCUACAGUGGGCACCUCGCGGUGCUCAAUGCGCGUGAAGGCGAACCACGGGAACACAUUGAGCAAGCGCAUACGGAGUUGGUUCUCAAUGAGAACGAUCUCGUACUCCCACCAAGGCUCUAUUAUGAUCUUCUUCAAGCACUUUGACACGUCCAAGCAGACACUGUAUGGUGCCGGCAAUAUACAGGUGCAGCGGGCCAGCAAGGUCAGCGACCUUGUGCCGAUGGUCAACGAGCGGAUGCGAUGGACGCCGGGGACGCCUGCGAAGGUCUAUGAGUACUACGACUUCCUGCAGAACAGGGUCAUGGUUCUCUUCCUGCCGAAGUUCGAAGAGCCCGUUCAUGAUCAUCCGGAGUUCAACCUCAUCCUCAGCAAGAAGCAAACCUACGAUGCUCUGCGGUUCACGACGGCGCACGCGACGAACGGCACGCCCAAGUCGACCCUCAAGCGGUCCCCGAACCAGCCCGCCGCAGAGAUCAUCUCGCCGACGAUCUACGUCAGCCCGCAGGCGACGACGGUAAUCCUCUACGAGAAGCUCGACGUGAGCAUCGUCGGGCUCGAGACGAAGCGCAGCCUCAAGGUCGUCUGGGCGGGCGAUGGGCGAGGCUGGUAA